AUGUCUCCUAAUUCCCCUUCAACCGACCUGCCUUUCACAGAUACUUCGCAACUCUUCCAUCUUUACCUGACAAAGUCGAACACCAAUUGGAAUCUGACACUGGCGGAUAAAACGCCGCUCUACUACGUUCGGACAUUGGUCUUCACCUUUGGAAGACCAGAGAUAACCCUCCAUGCAGGAAACACACGCAAUGGGGAUGUUGUUGCUGUGUCCAACUUUCUCAAACUCUCUUCCAAAUCCAAACUCGGUCUUGGAGACCCCGACAACGUUGGAGAGAUGGUCUGGGAGGACUUGACGAAAGAGAGCAGGGACCACUCUCGAUACCGGUUCGAGAUGACCGUGCCGUCUGGCUCUGGCUUUGAAAGGAAAGGCUUCCUUUGGAAACGAACCUCGUCCGUAGGAGUUGAUGGCUCAAAACCUUCUGUUCUCAGCGCGAGAAAUUUCAAGUUCGUCGACGAGCAGACGGAGGAGGUCCUGGGUGCUUAUACAAACAAUGGACUUAAGAGCAUCAAGAAGCAGGGGAAGUUCCAGCUUAAUACGAGUUACGGAAAGGAUUUUGAAACGAUGUUUCUGCUCUCCGGCCUGACGAUCUUGGAGCGUACCAUUCGCCGGGAGGCAGCACGACACAGCGGGGGCGGCGGAGCCUAA